GUGUCCUCUCCCUCUCUAUCUUCAUAAUUCUUCUUCUUCACCAAAAUCUUUAUUAUCUUAUCCACACCUCCAUUUUCAAAAUUAUCACACUUGAAAUGGAGAGAGCAAAUAAGCAAGUGGGAUCGUCGUCGCCCUCGUCGUUAGCAGCCGAUCUGUUUGGUCCCAAAGACUCCUCAAAUCCUCCGAAUUCCUCCCAAGGUUACUUUGGAUCAAUCUUUGGGCCACAAACAUCCAUGGUUCCUGGAAGAGAUCCUUCUCACAAAGACUACGCAUAUGCCUAUGGAAAUGGCAAACAAGAAAUUGCUAAAGAUUAUAAGAGUGUGAAAGACAAUCCAGCUGAACCUUGCUACUAUAAUUCUUCAAUUUAUUAUGGUGGCCAAGAAAGUUACUCUCCAACAACUAAUAGUCCUCCACAAAAUUUCAAGAAAGAUGGAGGAAAUGGUGAGCAAAAUGACAGCAAUUCUAGUUGUGCUUCAAGAGGAAAUUGGUGGCAAGGAUCUCUCUAUUAUUGAGGAUCUAAAAUUAGGAAUUACUACUAAAAAUGAGAAGGAACAGGGAUGAAUAUUUAUGAACACAAGCAUCAUGCAGAGGGGCAGAGAAGAUUAUAUAAAUAGAUGUAUGUAGUUAAGUAAUCAUUGUAACAUUCUAUUUCCUUUAUCUUGUAUUGUAGGGGUAUAAGUAUUUCUACCUGGUUUAUAUAGGUAUUAAUAUUAUAUGGUUUAUUAAUUA